AUGUUGUGCAAACGUAAGAGAAUCUAUCUUUCCUUAAGUGAUAAAACGAAAAUUUUAAAAAGAUUGAAAAAUGGAGAAAGUGGCAGUAAAUUAGCGGCAGAAUAUGACGUAGGAAAAUCGACAGUAUCGGAAUUGAAAAAAAAUGAAGAAUUGGUUAUGAAUUAUGUUUCAGUAAUGGACAAAAACAAUGGAAAUUUGGAUCGAAAAUGCAUGAAAAAGUCAAGCAACGAUGAAGUGGACAAAGCACUUUAUUUGUGGUUCCUAGAAAAAAGAUCUUUAGGUCAACCAAUAUCUGGCAACCUAUUAUGCGAGAAGGCUUUAUUUUUUCAUGAGAAGUUUGGUGGAAAAGGUACUUUUCAGGCUAGUUCAGGAUGGUUAAGGAACUUUAAACAUCGACAUGGAAUACGCGACUCAGAAAUUCAUGGCGAGAAACUUUCUGCAUCUACCGAAUCCGCUUCAAAUUUUGUAAAGGAAUUAGAAAGCAUUAUUGAAACUGAAGGAUAUGAAGAAGAAUUUAUUUAUAAUGCAGAUGAAAGUGGACUGAAUUGGAAAUCUCUACCACAAAGAACUUUGGCUUCAGAAGGUGAAAAGCGUGUUUCCGGGAACAAAAUAAUUAAAGAAAGAGUCACAAUUAACGUAUGCGCAAAUGCAACUGGAAAUCAUCAAAUACCUUUAAUGAUGAUUGGAAAAUCCAAAAAUCCAAGAGCCUUCAAAAAUUUUAAAACACUACCUGUCAUUUAUGCGUCUCAAAACAAAGGGUGGAUGAACACCAGCAUUUUUAUUGAGUGGUAUGAUAAGACUUUCAUUCCAAAUGUGAAGAAAUAUCAAAAGAAUUUGGACAAUGCUCCGUCGCAUCCAAAUCCAGAUCUCUUAGAUCGGGAGAAUGGAAUGUUUUGUGUUGUUUUCCUGCCACCCAAUGUGACACCUUUGAUUCAGCCGAUGGAUCAAAGUGUCAUUGAAACCUUAAAAUGUCUUUAUAGAAAGCAACUUUUGAGGAAGAUUUUACUCUCGGAUGAACAAAAUGAGGGGGAUUUUCGAAACUCAAUCAAAGCUAUUGAUUUAAAAGAUUGCUGCAUGAUGAUAGCUGAUGCCUGGAAUUCA